AUGCCUCGUGAACUCCCCUUUGAUUGUUUAAAUGAAAUUUUUGAAUACUUGAAUGAUGAUGUGGAUGGUUUAUUUUCAUGUUUAUUAGUAAACCGACGUUGGAGUGAAGUUAGCGUUCGAAUUUUAUGGAGAAGAAUGCAAAGUUUUAAUACUUUACUCGCUUGCCUUUCUGAUAAAUCCAAAAAGAUUUUAUCUGACAAAAGAAUCAUAAUUUCAACCUCAAUCUUAAGUCCUCCAUCAUUUCAUUAUGUAGCAUUUAUCAAGAGUCUUUGUUUUCGUAAAUUUGAUCUUUUUGUUAAAAAUUUUCUAAAAAAUCAACCUAAUUUUACAUCACCAAUUGAAGAAUAUGAAAUAAUUCUGGUGAUAGCUCGGGAAAUAUUUUUAAUGUUAUUUAAUCAAACCUCUUUGAAAAGUUUAAAUUUUUAUCCUAGUCCAAGAUACUUGCAUAUGAUACCACUUUUCGAAUAUCCUGGAGUAGAUGAUUGUUUAAGUAAACUUACUGAAUUGAGGUGUGGUUCAAAUCUGUAUUCUGAAUUUUUUUAUCGAUUAUCUCAAAUUUGUCAAAACUUACAAUCACUAAAGAUAAUUAUUGAAGAUUGCAUCUCAAAUGGAUUAGUAGAUUUAUUUUCUGCUCAAAAACAUUUAAAGUGCUUGGACAUAGAAUAUCAUAACCUUUAUAUUAGAGAUCAACCUUUUACCAAAUUUCCUGAUACAUUAAUCAGGCUACGCAUUGUUGGAGAACGUCAUCACAUACCAUAUUCACUUAUUUCUAAACUUUCGAAUUUACAAGAACUUUCAAUAACAUCAAUUAACGAAAUAGGUGGUUACAACAAUUUUAAUAUUUUACAACAUAUCACCUUUCCUCAAUUGAAAAUUUUAAAAUUUGAAUGUGAAUGUCCAUAUGAAGAGUACCUAACAAAAUUCUUGGAAAUUAAUGGAAAAAAUUUAAAAGAGCUUUGGAUUUGUGAAGAUAUGAAUGAUUCAUUCAAUUUAAUUAUAGUCAAAUUUUGUCCAAAUCUGAUCUCGUUACGAACUUCAUUUCUAGACGGAAAGGUAGAAUCUUUAAAAGUAAUUUUAAAGAGUUGUGAAUUAUUAGAAAGAAUUCAUAUUUUGAAUGAUGAUGUCAUUUUAGAAGAGCUUGAAUUAUUAGCGAUUGUUAAAGAAUUUGCACCUAAAAAUUUUCGCAACUUAAAAGUAGGGAGGAAUAAUUUGAUCUGGACAAAGGGGAUCAAUUAA